UUAGACCUAUACGCAUCAAAAACUUUGAAAUCAAAUAAUUUUUGUUUGGUGUUUGUUUUUUUUUGUCCGCUGUUCAAGAUUAAAAUUGAAUCAAAAAGAAGAGACAAUCAAUUUCCCCAGAUUAUAUAAUCGAAUUAAAGUGAAAUGCAUCACACUAAUCCAAUGGAGGAAGAUAUUGCCCCUGGCAGUAGCAGUGAAUUUAGUUCCAAUAUUAAAAAUCCAGCAAAGAGCAUGUCGUCGAUGAGGUCGAUUGGAUCCCUUGUCUGUCGCAUUUGUCAAAAUCAGGAAGAACCAGAAAGAUUGAUAUCACCUUGUUCUUGUAAAGGAUCACUUUCUUUUGUACACACAUUUUGUUUGGAACAUUGGAUAAGCACGUCCAAGAAAACUACUUGUGAACUGUGUCACUUUCAAUACAAAACUAAACAAACCUUAAAAUACACAUGUUUUGAAUCGCUACGUUUGUGGUAUUCGCAUUCGAUAAGUCGACGGGCAUUGCAGGAAGAUUGCCAGAUGUUCUCUUUGUUGACAUUGGUUGCUUUUGGUAUUAUUGGUACAAUAAUUAUUGGCUUGCAACAUUAUUUUGUUGAAGAUCAAAAACACAGUAUACCACCUGUAGCAAGGUUAUGGACAAAAGGAUGGCUACUUUUCUUUUUAUUUGCAACUUUCUUGGUUUACGUUUUUAAUAUCUAUUUGCUUGCCAAAGGACAACUUUCACCAUGGUAUAGAUGGUGGCAGGCUUCGAAAGAAGUAAAAUUAAUUUUGGAAAAUCAUAAAAAAUUUCACCCGAAACGGAGAUUGGAAAAGCCAGAUACAAUUAUAGAAAUAGAAACAUCACUUGCAUCAACCUCAGGAAUGUCAACAAACUUACAAUAUGGAGACAGGAUUGGGUUUGAAGAUUUUACAGGUACGAGAAUAGAUGGUCGUCGCGAUGCGUUGGUACCCAGUUCGAGUGGUAGUGAGGAUAAUACGUCUAUGACAGUUGUUGAAAUACACAAUCACCCAGGAAACGCACUAAAUCGAGAACUUGCAACAACAGAAGCAUCAGACGAAAUGCCAAGAAACUUACAGGAUGCAGGGAGGAACACGCCAAUUGCAGAACAAGAACAUCAAGGGACUCCAAUAGGUGCAGCCGAAUGCAUGGCUAUAAUCAACUAUGCUAUGGAAAAUAAUAGAGAUGCGGAAAUAUGGGGUAGCCGACAACAUUCGAUGGAACUCAGUUCGAGAGGCAAUGACUGUACAGCGACUACGACAAUUGUUGAAGUACAUAGUCCGCAAGAACCAACCCCAGCAACAGUCCUUGCAACAACAUCAGAAAUGCCAACAACCCCACAGGAUGCAGAGAGGAACACGCCAACUGCAGAACAAGAGCAUCAGAAGAUAGCAAUAGGUGCAACCUAUGCUAUUGAAAAUAAUAGAGAUACGAGAAUGGGGGUUGAUGGACGACGCCAUGCGUUGGAACCCCCCCAGCGUCGUUCGAGUCGUAGUGACGUUGCUACGACUUCGGCAAUUAUUGAAAUAAACAAUCAGCAAGAACAACUACCACAACAGCAACAGACACAGCCACAGCAACAACAAAAUGAACAGCUAGAAGGACAUCAGCAACAGAACGAGGAUAAUCAUAUUGAUAUUAAUUAAACAAGAAGUCCCUUUGAUAUCCUCACAGGAUUUCUUUUCGCACCUACAACUUACAUUAUAUACGAAAUCAGUAAAUUGUAUUGAUAUUUUCAAAAAUCCAAUUUUCCGAAAUAUUUUAUAUUUUAAUAUAAAAAUAAAAUAUAUUUAUGUGUGUUUUACUACAGAACAACUUUUCCAUAUAAAAUAAUACCGAAAAUUGGAUUUUUGAAAAUAUGUUAUGUAAGUUGUAGGUACGAAAAGAAAAGGUGUCCUGUAGUACAAAACACAUGUAAUUAUUAUUUGUGUGUUGUACUACAGGGCACCUUUUCUUUUAAUUUAAUAUUUUGAUUUCGUACACUGCGUUUUAUAUUAAUUUAAUUUUAAUUCUUCUGGUUUUUGUUUAUGUUUACUUUUUGUUUAUUUUUUUUGUAUUCUUAUAUUCUUCCGAUUAAUGUGUGUUUUUGUGUUAUUUGAAUCCGGAAAUUGUAAAUUCUUUCAAUUUCGUUAUUCAUAGAAUCAGUAUUUAUCAAUAAAAACAAUAAAUAAGUUUUUGUUAUUUUAAAUAAAAAUGAAAACACAGUUUACAAAAUU